AUGAGUGCUUCGGACAGCAAUGGCUUGCCGCCAGGUAGCGACGCGUCGACGCGGCCAGGUCGCGAGAGCGGACGCAAAAGAGCGAGAAAUUCUACCGGGACUGGGGCGCGAGUUGCAAAGCAAGCGCGAGCCGUCCAUCCUUUCUCAACCCCGGGCCCCCCGGUACGGGGGUCUAUCAGUGAUGUGAUCAACAACUCAGAUGCUUCACCGCAUCCGGGCGUAUGGGAGGCCGUGAACAAGCAGAACGCCACCCCAAUCGCCUCACCAAGUUUGGCCAAGAGCGAGGAAACCUUUGCGCAGCUCGCAAAGAAUGUUCUGCUGGAACAUCCAGAGGGUCGCACCUCUGAACAAAUUUCUAUAGCAGUCCACGAGACCGGUAUAAAGGGAAAGGAUCUGAGCGUGAUAAAGCCAAACGUCAGCGCCGCCCUGAGCUCCCAUUCUCGUGGUGACAAAGCUAUCUUCAAGAAAGGCCCUCAAAUUGAGAAGAAGCAAAUAUGGCUCUUGAAGAACCCGGAUAGUUCUCCCCUUAUGAGAGACGAAACGUUGGAAAGAAUCUUCGCGUCUGGCGGACCUGAUACCACCGUUGACGCAGGUACUAUUCAGGCGCGUGGAUCAGGUGAGCGGCAUAGCACAACCAACGAUUAUGUCUCUGUACUUGGGGAGCAAUUAGCCGAAGAACAUUCAGAGACAGACAAAGGCGACGCUGCGACACUUCCAGACGCUGAUUCGGUUGAGGUUACCCGGAUGAUUAACAACGUGAUCGCAAGUGCAGGCCAAACUCCGCCUCCAGGCGCAUCGGAUGGACCGGCUGCAGCACUAGCAGUUGAGCCAAGCCAACACCCUCAUCUGCAUGAGUUGCAGCAGGAUGGUCUGCCUUCAGUUGACCGGCUGGAAGAAUCAUCAGCUGCCGAUCCUCAGCCUUCUGUGCUCGAGUGUGUCCAUGCUGUCGGUACGCCCUUCUCACCCCCUCCAUUCACGACGGGAGAGGGUACUGUUUUGGCACCGCAACGCGUCGCUGCAGAGACUGAAUCCACACGUCCCGCUCCCAUGGAGGCACAGACCGGUGCUGUCGCUCGGGAUGUCUCCCCAGAGAGAGCCCUGCCUCUUCAUCUAGCGGCCACGAUUGGUAUGCAUGUCAAAACUUUCAUUGACUGCCACCAACAGCAGCCGCUAGUUUUUGAAAAGUACCUCUCGUCUGGCAAUCGAAGCGAUGGUGACGCACAGGCAGCUUUCAAGGAUAUCGUAAGGCGGCUCGGGGCAAACACGACGCUGGAGCCAACAAUCUCGCAGCCUGUCAAUACCUUUCAAGAUGCCCAGCAAGCAUUAGACGAUGUCAGGCGAGCAAAAGCUAUUGAAGGACAUAUUGAUGUGGCAAUCGUGGAUUGCAACAUAGUGCAGGCCGCGAUGAAUGCUAAGAUCGCUCGUCUUAGACAUGUGGUCAGCGAUCUCGACGCCUUAAAAGAGACGCUGCAGGAAACCAAGGGGCAAGCUGCAGCUAGUAGAGAAUCUUCUGGAAGAAGAAUCAAAGCUUUCAUUGGCGGUCAGGACAAUGACGGUCAAAACAUCGAUUAA